AUGGAUCCUUCGUGGUAUGAAGUUCUGAAGAGCGAAUUCGAGAAGACUUAUUUUCUCAAGCUUAAAACCUUUUUAGCUACCGAGCUUAUAACCUCGACAGUUUAUCCUCCAUUAAAAGAUGUUUACUCUUGGUCGCGAUUAACACCAUUGGAUAUUGUGAAGGUUGUGAUACUGGGACAGGAUCCGUAUCACAACGUUGGCCAAGCGCAUGGUUUAUCAUUCUCUGUUCUGCCUCCCACUACGCUGCCCGGAUCUCUUAAGAAUAUAUACAAGCAAAUGGCCGCCGAUAUACCCACAUUCAAGGUUCCUGCUACUGGUGACCUAACCCCGCUAGCACAGCUUGGAGUUUUAUGGCUAAAUACUUCCCUCACUGUUCGAGCUCAUAAAGCAGGCUCUCAUGCCAAAAAAGGUUGGGAAACACUUACCGCGCAAGCUCUCAAGGCUGUCACUUCAAGACCUCAGGGCAAUGGUGUUGUAUUCAUGGCUUGGGGUCUUCCUGCGCAGAAGACCUGUGACAAGAUCGGAAUUGAUGAGACGAAACAUCUUGUGUUGAAAUCUGCUCAUCCAUCGCCGCUCUCCGCCUACAGAGGCUUCCUUGGCAAUGAGCACUUUAGACUAGCAAACGAAUGGCUCAAAGAGAAAUAUGGCGAAGGAGCAGAAAUAGAUUGGGCAGUGAUCGGGCGGUCUCAGUGA